AUGUCAAGAAAUGCUUUGGCUGUUAAUUUCAGUCCUCCAGAAGCUGCAGAAUUUCGCGGUGAAUCUUACAAAUCGUCGUGUCAAAUUUUAGCUUGCCCAGAAAUUAUUGAAAAUAAUUUGGUUAAUGAUAGUGCCUACGAUUAUUAUACGUUUUAUAAAAAUUUAAGUGAAGAAUUUACCUGCGUAAAAUCUGUGGGUGUUUAUAGAUUGUUUAAAGAAAAAUCUAAUUAUAUCCAAGCGAUUAAUACUUGUAUGAGUUUAAACGGAGAUUUAGCUCAAGUCCAAAGUGAUGUUUUAACUAAUUCUUUGGGAACGUUAAUUUCGGGGAAAAUCAAAAAUUGGACUAAAAUCGCUUUUAUUGGAUUGGACGAUUAUUGGAAAUUAAAAUAA